GGGACCUUCUAGCCCGCUGGCGUACUCUAUGGCGUUGGAGGACCUCACUCGUAUAGGCUGAAAAUGGCAUGGAGCUUUUGACACGGUGAAGAGCUGGGGAGGGGGUUAGCGGUGAAAGGCAAAAGUAGCCCCUUCCACCGGUCCCGGUUCCUGGAGAGCCCCUGUCUACCCUAUCGAGGUCGCCACUGUAGCCCCCGGGGGGCAAAGGCAUGGCGGGAGUCCUAACACCAGCCUUUCUUCCUAGAAGUUCCUUCCACCACCCACAAGCCUCACCUGGGGGAGACACCGAACCUGGCCGUGACCCCUGACCUGCGGGAUGGGCUACAAGCUGGCGCUGCUGGGCGCAUUGUACCUGGUGCAGGGCCUGCCCCACGGGCUGCAGGCGGGGCUGUUGCCCCUGCUGCUCCGGUCCCACGGCCUCUCGCUGACCCGCGUGGGGCUGACCCGCGCCUUGCACGCGCCCUGGCUGCUCAAGGUCGCCUGGGCCCCGCUGGUAGACCGGCGCGGCUCCCCGCGGGCCUGGCUGGCACUGAGCACCGGGGCGCUGGGGAUCCUGUGCUCGCUUUUGGCGGCGCUGCCCCCCGAAUCCGGGCCCGCCUCCUCGGGGAUGCCCACCGGGGCUGCCGUGCUGUUGCUGCUGCUGAACGCCGGGGCCGCAGUGCAGGACGUGGCGCUGGACGGGCUGGCCGUGCGGCUGCUGGCCCCUGACGAACUGGGCCCCGGCAACACUGUCCAGGUGGUGGCCUACAAGCUAGGGGCCGCCCUGGCCGGUGGGGGGCUGCUGGCAGUGACUCCCGACCUCACCUGGGGGCCCCUCUUUCUUGGUCUUGCAGCGGCCUAUGGGCUGGCCGCUGCCUUAGCCUGGGGGUCCACUGCCCUGCAGCUCCCACCUCUGCAGGCCCAGGAGAGCCACUGCCACACUUCACGUGGGUUCCGUGCCCUCCUGGCGGUGCCAGGGACCCCAUGGACUGCUGGCUUCGUCCUGCUGUACAAGUUGGGUGAACAGGGUGCCAUCAGCCUGUUCCCUCUCUUUCUGCUGGACCAGGGGGUGUCAGCGGCUGAAGUGGGGCUGUGGAAUGGGAUGGUGGCUGUGGGCUUCUCCAUUGCUGGUUCUUCCCUGGGUGGUGUUCUUCUUGCCAGGCACAGGCAGCCCCUGCGUCUCCUGAAGCCCCUUCUGCAGCUGCGCAUUGGGGCCCUGGCCUUCCAGAUGGCUCUGCUCUCCUGCCUCCCUAGUUCCAGUCUGGGGGGCCUCUUAAAAGGGGCUGCUUUGGUGAGCCUCGGCCCCCAGCACUUUCUGAGUGGAACUGUGACCACCCUCACCUUUGCUCUUAUGAUGCACUGCAGCCAGCAAGCACAUGGCACAAUCCAGGGUCCCUUUAGGCUGUGCCCUCUCCUCUCCCCAGUCCACUCACUACAGCUUUCUGGCCACACUGGAGCUGCUGGGAAAGUUGCUGCUGACCACAGGGGCUGGAGCCCUGGCAGACGGGCUGGGCCUGGGGCUGUGCUUCACACUCUUCCUUGUCCUCUCUCUGGUAGCCCUGCUCUAUCUAGACUUGGCUCCCAGUAACCUGGGUUGAACAAGAAGAGGAAAUGAAGGGAACCGUCUCUCAUCAUUCAGGGGAUGGGCCCUGAAACCUAUUUUCAGUAUCAAUAAAAAGAAAUUUAUGAGCUUUUUA